UUGCUCCCUGAUGGGCUGGCGAUGCCUCCAGGGAAACACUGCCUUUACCCCAAUGGGAACUACUUUUACGCUCCAGCCCCUCCAGGCGUCGGCGCUGACCCCCACACCGCCUUGGCGCUGCCCCCUGACUCCAAGCUGACCAAAGAGAAAGCCGAGGCGCCGUCGUUCCAGCUCCCGGACUCGGAGGAAAUGACCGUCAGGAUAGAGGAGGGGCCGGCGGCCGCCUCGGGGGCCCACGCCGCCGCUCCAACCCAACGCAGCAGCUCCGCAUUUGUUGCAUGGUCCCAUUAUUCUGUUGUGUUUUUAUUAACAGAUAAACUCGAGAAUGGUGACGUCUACCAGAGGAGGAGAGGACCUCACUCGAGCCAUUCAGACGGACCAGAAACAGGCAAUAAACACCGAGAGGGAGCUCAGCAGAUGGACAGCAGCUGGAGACGAAUUCUUCUCCUCAUCCUUGCCAUCACCAUCCAUAACAUUCCAGAGGGCUUGGCUGUGGGGGUUGGUUUUGGUGCUGUGGGAAAGACCCCCUCUGCCACCUUUGAGAGUGCCAGAAACCUGGCCAUCGGCAUCGGCAUCCAGAACUUCCCAGAGGGCUUGGCGGUGAGCCUGCCGCUGCGGGGUUCGGGGGUGUCGGCGUGGAGGGCCUUCUGGUACGGUCAGUUAAGUGGCAUGGUGGAGCCCGCCGCCGGCCUGCUGGGCGCCUUCGCCGUGGUGCUGGCCGAGCCCCUGCUGCCCUACGCGCUGGCCUUCGCGGCGGGGGCCAUGGUCUACGUGGUGGUGGACGACAUCAUCCCCGAGGCCCAGCUCAGCGGGAACGGGAGACUGGCCUCCUGGACCUCCAUCCUGGGCUUCGUAGUGAUGAUGUCACUAGACGUGGGGCUGGGCUGA